UGGUUGUAGGACACUCUCGCCGCGUGUUACAAGACAGCUUGAGUGGGAAGGUGUGUACUCAACGAAAGUACUCACUAGUGAAACAACAUGGCAGCCUCUGUCAUCGGGGAUUCGUACCACAUAGGUGGCGCCCCACUUGCGAUGUUGGCAGCCCAAUGCAGUAAACUGACGGACAGAUGCCCCUCCCCUCUCACGGAAUCUUAUAUCGCUAAGGGUUUCCACCCUUGGAAACGGCAACUCACAGCUGUCACUGCACCGGACGCUGUCGCUCUAUCUUCACAGCGUCUGUCCGGACUCAAUGGGACGGUGCCCUUUCCGUCCGCGGGUCUUUCAUAUGGACGCACUGGCGGGAUUGCGUCAUAUCCUACUACGUCAUCAUCGGACUGGCUUCACCCCUCACAGUAUAACAACGAUACUCCCUCCCCAACCUACCCGUCAAAGGUGCAUCAUUCGGAUUGUAUGAGUGCGUCUGUGUUGGGAAAUGUAUACUCUCGUUUACCUCACGUUAACAGUCACGCGGCGUACGAGUCUUGGUCGCUGAAUAUGAACAUCACACACACAAGCCUUAAGGGCGAUUCAUCACAGAGCUCUAAUCCAACCUCGCCAUGGUGGGAUGUUCAUUCUUCACCUAGUAAUUGGUACUCGGAGUAUCCUGGAGCCUCGUCUUCGUUGCCACCUCAGAUUUCUUCCGGAUAUAGUUCUCCGGAAUACCCUCUCACACAUGGACUCGGAUCACCCUCGGGUUCAUAUAUAGGAGGAAAUCAACAACUCUUGCAGGACACAUAUAAAUCUAUGUUAUCCAGUCAAACAGACAUUGGUGCCUCGUCUGGAAAUCCUUUUCUUUCUCGUCCAGUUUUGUCGAAUGUGCCUCAAACGAAAUCCCAGAGACGCUUGAGCGGGAGGGCAACAUGUGAUUGCCCUAACUGCCAAGAGGCCGAGAGACUAGGACCAGCUGGUGCACAUAUAAGGAAGAAAAACGUUCACUCGUGUCAUAUUCCCGGAUGUGGAAAAGUGUACGGGAAAACAUCACAUUUGAAAGCGCAUUUGCGAUGGCAUACAGGAGAAAGGCCUUUUGUAUGUAAUUGGUUAUUUUGUGGAAAACGUUUCACACGAUCCGAUGAACUUCAACGUCAUUUGCGCACACACACAGGAGAAAAACGAUUUGCUUGUCCAAUCUGUAAUAAACGAUUCAUGCGCAGUGACCACUUGAGCAAACACACCAAGACGCAUAGUUGUACGGACGCAAAGAAAGACACCGGAAAUGACUCCGGAAGUGACAAAGUGAACUCUCCUGCCGAAUGUAAAUCUCGGGGUUGUUCAGAAGGCUGAAGAACAAAAACAUACAGAGUGACCUCCCCUUUAUUUGAUAUUGUGUAAAUGACCCCAUGGAAAUGUUCAAGAAACAAUGACAUUUGAGAUUGUUUUAUAGCGGAUUGAAAGUUAUAUUUGCAUGCGAGUAUGUCAGUCGAUGUGAGGAUAUGAAUAUUUAAAUAUGUAAUUUGGUGCACCCGUGUUUGCAUGAAAAGUGAUGUAUUUUUAAAGAUUAUCUUUAUUCUAAUUAAUAAAAUAUGAAAAUGCACAUCUGUAUAUUGUGUCAG